AUGGUGCUUGAACUGCUGAGAACCGACACCUUGCUGGAAGUUGAAGUGACCGUUCCGGUUGAGCUGGUACUGGUUUGGCUUCUCUCAGUCGUGCUCCUGCUGCUCGAGGUCGUUGUUUCAGAGCCCGUGGUGCUGGAACUGCUGUGUGUCGACACCGUGGAAGUCGAAGUGGCCGUUAUGGUUGAGAUGGUACUGGUGGUGCUGGUGAGAGUCAACACCUCGGAGGAAGUUGCAGUACUGGUUUGGCUUCUCUCAGUUGUGCUCCUGCUGCUCGAGAUCGUUGUUUCAGAGCGCGUGGUGCUGGAACUGCUGCGUGUCGACACCGUGGAAGUCGAAGUGGCCGUUGUGGUUGAGAUGGUACUGGUGGUGCUGGUGAGAGUCAACACCUCGGAGGAAGUUGCAGUACUGGUUUGGCUUCUCUCAGUCGUGCUCCCGCUGCUCGAGGUCGUUGUUUUAGAGCCCGUGGUGCUGGAACUGCUGCGUGUCGACACCGUCGAAGUCGAAGUGGCCGUUAUGGUUGAGACGGUACUGGUGGUGCUGGUGAGAGUCAACACCUCGGAGGAAGUUGCAGUACUGGUUUGGCUUCUCUCAGUCGUGCUCCUGCUGCUCGAGGUCGUUGUUGCAGAGCCCGUGGUGCUGGAACUGCUGCGUGUCGACACCGUGGAAGUCGAAGUGGCCGUUAUGGUUGAGAUGGUACUGGUGGUGCUGGUGACAGUCAGCACCUUGGAGGACGUUGCAGUGGAAGUGGACGUUCUGGUUGCCCUGGUACUUGUUUGGCUUCUCCCAGUCGUGCUCCUGCUGCUCGAGGUCGUUGUUUCAGAGCCCGUGGUGCUGGAACUGCUGCGUGUCGACACCGUGGAAGUCAAAGUGGCCGUUAUGGUUGAGAUGGUACUGGUGGUGCUUGUGAGAGUCAGCACCUUGGAGGAAGUGGCCGUUCUGGUUGCGCUGGUACUGGUUUGGCUUCUCUCGGUCGUGCUCCUGCUGCUCGAGGUCGUUGUUUCAGAGCCCGUGGUGCUGGAACUGCUGAAUGUCGACACCGUGGAAGUCGAAGUGGCCGUUAUGGUUGAGAUGGUACUGGUGGUGCUUGUGAGAGUCAGCACCUUGGAGAAAGUUGCAGUGGAAGUGGCCGUUCUGGUUGCGCUGGUACUGGUUUGGCUUCUCUCAGUCUCGCUCCUGCUGCUCGAGGUCGUUGUUUCAGAGCCCGUGGUGCUGGAACUGCUGCGUGUCGACACCGUGGAAGUCGAAGUGGCCGUUAUGGUUGAGAUGGUACUGGUGGUGCUUGUGAGAGCCACCACCUUGGAGGAAGUUGCAGUGGAAGUGGACGUUCUGGUUGCGCUGGUACUGGUUUGGCUUCUCCCAGUCGUGCUCCUGCUGCUCGAGGUCGUCGUUUCAGAGCCCGUGGUGCUGGAACUGCUGCGUGUCAAAACCGUGGAAGUCAAAGUGGCCGUUCUGGUUGAGAUGGUACUGGUGGUGCUUGUGAGAGUCAGCACCUCGGAGGAAGUUGCAGUACUGGUUUGGCUUCUCUCAGUCGUGCUCCUGCUGCUCGAGGUCUUUGUUUCAGAGCCCGUGGUGCUGGAACUGCUGCGUGUCGACACCGUGGAAGUCGAAGUGGCCGUUAUGGUUGGGAUGGUACUGGUGGUGCUGGUGAGAGUCAACACCUCGGAGGAAGUUGCAGUACUGGUUUGGCUUCUCUCAGUCGUGCUCCUGCUGCUAGAGGUCGUUGUUUCAGUGCCCGUGGUGCUGGAACUGCUGACUGUCGACACCGUGGAAGUCGAAGUGGCCGUUAUGGUUGAGAUGGUACUGGUGGUGCUUGUGAGAGUCAGCACCUUGGAGGAAGUUGCAGUGGAAGUGGCCGUUCUGGUUGCGCUGGUACUGGUUUGGCUUCUCUCGGUCGUGCUCCUGCUGCUCGAGGUCGUUGUUUCAGAGCCCGUGGUGCUUGAACUGCUGCGUGUCGACACCGUGGAAGUCGAAGUGGCCGUUAUGGUUGAGAUGGUACUGGUGGUGCUUGUGAGAGGCAACACCUCGGAGGAAGUUGCAGUGGAAGUGGACGUUCUGGUUGCGCUGGUACUGGUUUGGCUUCUCCCAGUCGUGCUCCUGCUGCUCGAGGUCGUUGUUUCAGAGCCCGUGGUGCUGGAACUGCUGUGUGUCGACACCGUGGAAGUCGAAGUGGCCGUUAUGGUUGAGAUGGUACUGGUGGUGCUUGUGAGAGCCAGCACCUUGGAGGAAGUUGCAGUGGAAGUGGACGUUCUGGUUGCGCUGGUACUGGUUUGGCUUCUCUCAGUCGUGCUCCUGCUGCUCGAGGUCGUUGUUUCAGAGCCCGUGGUGCUGGAACUGCUGCGUGUCGACACCGUCGAAGUCGAAGUGGCCGUUAUGGUUGAGAUGGUACUGGUGGUGCUUGUGAGAGUCAGCACCUUGGAGGAAGUUGCAGUGGAAGUGGCCGUUCUGGUUGCGCUGGUACUGGUUUGGCUUCUCCCAGUCGUGCUCCUGCUGCUCGAGGUCGUUGUUUCAGAGCCCGUGGUGCUGGAACUGCUGCGUGUCGACACUGUGGAAGUCGAAGUGGCCGUUAUGGUUGAGAUGGUACUGGUGGUGCUUGUGAGAGUCAGCACCCUGGAGGAAGUUGCAGUGGAAGUGGCGGUUCUGGUUGCGCUGGUACUGGUUUGGCUUCUCCCAGUCGUGCUCCUGCUGCUCGAGGUCGUUGUUUCAGAGCCCGUGGUGCUUGAACUGCUGCGUGUCGACACCGUGGAAGUCGAAGUGGCCGUUAUGGUUGAGAUGGUACUGGUGGUGCUUGUGAGAGUCAGCACCUUGGAGGAAGUUGCAGUGGAAGUGGCCGUUCUGGUUGCGCUGGUACUGGUUUGGCUUCUCUCAGUCGUGCUCCUGCUGCUCGAGGUCGUUGUUUCAGUGCCCGUGGUGCUGGAACUGCUGACUGUCGACACCGUGGAAGUCGAAGUGGCCGUUAUGGUUGAGAUGGUACUGGUGGUGCUUGUGAGAGUCAGCACCUUGGAGGAAGUUGCAGUGGAAGUGGCCGUUCUGGUUGCGCUGGUACUGGUUUGGCUUCUCCCAGUCGUGCUCCUGCUGCUCGAGGUCGUUGUUUCAGAGCCCGUGGUGCUGGAACUGCUGCGUGUCGACACCGUGGAAGUCGAAGUGGCCGUUAUGGUUGAGAUGGUACUGGUGGUGCUUGUGAGAGUCAGCACCUUGGAGGAAGUUGCAGUGGAAGUGGCCGUUCUGGUUGCGCUGGUACUGGUUUGGCUUCUCCCAGUCGUGCUCGUGCUGCUCGAGGUCGUUGUUUCAGUGCCCGUGGUGCUUGAACUGCUGCGUGUCGACACCGUGGAAGUCGAAGUGGCCGUUAUGGUUGAGAUGGCACUGGUGGUGCUUGUGAGAGUCAGCACCUUGGAGGAAGUUGCAGUGGAAGUGGCCGUUCUGGUUGCGCUGGUACUGGUUUGGCUUCUCCCAGUCGUGCUCCUGCUGCUCGAGGUCGUUGUUUCAGAGCCCGUGGUGCUUGAACUGCUGCGUGUCGACACCGUGGAAGUCGAAGUGGCCGUUAUGGUUGAGAUGGUACUGGUGGUGCUUGUGAGAGCCAGCACCUUGGAGGAAGUUGCAGUGGAAGUGGACGUUCUGGUUGCGCUGGUACUGGUUUGGCUUCUCCCAGUCGUGCUCCUGCUGCUCGAGGUCGUUGUUUCAGUGCCCGUGAUGCUGGAACUGUUGCGUGUCGACACCGUGGAAGUCGAAGUGGCCGUUAUGGUUGAGAUGGUACUGGUGGUGCUUGUGAGAGUCAGCACCUUGGAGGAAGUUGCAGUGGAAGUGGCCGUUCUGGUUGCGCUGGUACUGGUUUGGCGUCUCUCAGUCGUGCUCCUGCUGCUCGAGGUCGUUGUUUCAGUGCCCGUGGUGCUGGAACUGCUGCGUGUCGACACCGUGGAAGUCGAAGUGGCUGUACGCGUCGUGCUUGACGGCAAGAACUCCGUUUCGUCGGCGCUUGUGCUGGACUGUGUCAUUUGCAGGAUGAUGGCUGUUGUGGUGAAUCGGCUAGAACUCCUCGUGGAAGUGCUGGUACUUUCGGAUGGCCAUGUGGUGCUCGCCGACUUUGUCGUGGUCGUUUCUGUGCCGGCUGACGUCGUUACAGUGCUCUGUUGUGCUCGGGGCGGCCUCGCAACUGCCCGUGUAGUACGGCUCCUCCAGGGAAGCCUCGAUCUCUCCGAGGUAGCCACUGACGCAGGACUCCGCAUUGAUGCUGCGAAGGAGCAGCCAAAGGGCACACUGAAGCCGGUAGAAUGCUCCGGGCACGGGACAGCAGCACAGCUUCCAGUGAAGUAG